GAGAGGCCCGCGAUCUCGUAGCUCCCCCUCCCUUCUCUCUGCCUCCCGGGCUCCGGCUGCAGCGUCAGCCUCGGUCCGGCCUCGGUGGCUGCCGCGGCCCCGAUCCCUCGGCUUCAGCCCCUGCGUCCCUUGGCGCCUCUCGGCCCCGAUCCGCAGCGCCGCCUAUCCUCGUCCCCCCGGCGCCGGCCUAGGCCGCGGCCGCAGCCCCGCGCUCGCGUCGGCGCCGCCCGCUCCCGGCCCGCCCCCUAUGGGCCCCGGCUAGAGGCGCCGCCGCCGCCGGCCCUCGGAUCCCCGAUGCUGGCCCGGAGGAAGCCGGUGCUGCCGGCGCUCACCAUCAACCCCGCCAUCGCCGAGGGCCCGUCCCCCACCAGCGAGGGCGCCUCCGAAGCAAACUUGGUGGACCUGCAGAAGAAGCUAGAGGAGCUAGAACUUGACGAGCAGCAGAAGAAGCGGCUGGAAGCCUUCCUCACCCAGAAGGCCAAGGUCGGGGAGCUCAAGGACGAUGACUUUGAAAGGAUCUCGGAGCUGGGAGCCGGGAACGGUGGGGUGGUCACCAAGGUCCAGCACAGACCCUCGGGCCUCAUCAUGGCAAGAAAGCUGAUCCACCUGGAGAUCAAGCCAGCCAUCCGGAACCAGAUCAUCCGUGAGCUGCAGGUGCUGCAUGAGUGUAACUCCCCAUACAUCGUGGGCUUCUAUGGGGCCUUCUACAGCGACGGCGAGAUCAGCAUCUGCAUGGAGCACAUGGACGGUGGCUCCCUGGACCAGGUGUUGAAAGAAGCCAAGAGGAUCCCCGAAGAGAUCCUGGGGAAGGUCAGCAUCGCGGUUCUGCGGGGCCUGGCGUAUCUCCGGGAGAAGCACCAGAUCAUGCACCGAGAUGUGAAGCCAUCCAACAUCCUCGUCAACUCCCGAGGGGAGAUCAAGCUGUGCGACUUUGGGGUGAGCGGGCAGCUCAUCGACUCCAUGGCCAACUCCUUCGUGGGCACGCGGUCCUACAUGUCUCCGGAGCGGCUGCAAGGCACUCACUACUCGGUGCAGUCAGACAUCUGGAGCAUGGGCCUGUCCCUGGUGGAGCUGUCCAUUGGAAGGUACCCCAUCCCCCCGCCAGACGCCAAGGAGCUGGAGGCCAUAUUUGGCCGGCCCAUGGUCGACGGCGCGGAAGGAGAGCCUCACAGCAUCUCGCCGCGGCCGAGACCCCCCGGACGCCCCAUCAGCGGUCAUGGGAUGGACAGCCGGCCGGCCAUGGCAAUCUUUGAGCUGCUGGACUACAUCGUGAACGAGCCUCCUCCAAAGCUGCCCAAUGGCAUCUUCACCCAGGACUUCCAGGAGUUUGUAAAUAAAUGCCUAAUUAAGAACCCAGCAGAGCGAGCAGAUCUGAAGAUGCUCAUGAACCACGCCUUCAUCAAGCGGUCCGAGGUGGAAGAAGUGGAUUUUGCCGGCUGGUUGUGUAAAACGCUGCGGCUGAACCAGCCCAGCACGCCCACGCGCACCGCCGUCUGACGGUCCCGCCACCGACAGACCCGCUCCCCCUCCGCCCCUCGGCUGCCCCCUUUGCGGGGAUGCGCGUGUGGCCCUCGGGCCUGGGGAGGCCGACGCCGCUGCGCUGUCUUCUCAGAACCUGCUUCCUUAGGUUUAAAGAAAAAAAACAAAACAGGGAAAGAAAAAGCAAA